AUGACAUCUAGAGCAGGGCUGUCCAACAUACGGCCCGCGGGCCGCUUCACAGUCAUGUAUACAUCACAAGUAGAGAAUAGAGCUCGCGCAAAAAAGCCGAAGGGCAAAAUUUCACUGAAAAAUAUUCAACACAUUAUGACUGCUUCACAAUUUGUCAAUUUAUAUUCUUGCGCUGUUACCACACCCUCCAUCGACAAGCUUGAUGUUACACAAGUGACCAGCAACUAUAGUAUCCCACUAUUUGACGACAACCAUUGCACCACUGUAACUGACAAUAAUAAUUCAGACAAAAUCUUUGAGAUAUUGAAACCAGUAAGCCUGGAGGACUUUGAGAGCAUCAGUGAAAUAUUCGAUAAUCCGACGACAUCUCAGGCUCAGUUUCCAGGAGAAAACGUUUCAGAUCAAGCUAACAACAUUAUCGAAAAUGAGUCAACUGAUGAUCCGUUCCACGCAUCAUCGGACGGAGAUAGAAGCUGGCCACCUGACAUAACACGACAAACAUUGGCCGAAAUGGUAGAGACCACUGAGCUAUCCGGAGAUACUCCUCCACCUCAAAAAAUGUGGAUUUUGAAUAAACAGUUCCGUAAUAACCAUAUAGUUGCACGCCCAUUGAGACGAAGCGACGUGAAGAGAAAGAGACUAAGCACAAGCGUUGGCGCGAACGGUGCGAACGUCAGAAGGACGCCGACCUGGUUAGCUGAUAACGUCACAACGCCCGUUAGUGGUUUCGGAUUUUGCCGCGCAACAGGCGGGUAUAAGACACGUACACUACGUUAUGUAACUGGACUUGAUUUGGGUGGAUGGCAUCCGUUUGUGGACUACUUUGAAGAUAUCAUUUCUGUCUCGCAGAAGUACAAUUUGUUGUCCAAGGUAUCAAAGGGCAAGCGGUGGGUUCCCGCUGGAGGGAACGCCGACAUGCUCCUCCGCACCCGGUCCGAGUUACCUAGGAAGGGUUUUUUCAGAAGCAUCAGAGAGCAUGAAUCCCUCUCGAUGCCGGGAGCACCUGUUGUCAUCCCCCCAUCCAUAUGA